CCCGGGGCUGAGGGAUGAGGUCUGCAGCCCGGGCUCACAGCCGGGCGGUAUUCGCGUUAUCUGCUGCGUUGAUGAGUGGCGGGACCUGCUCUGGUUGUGGCUGGACUUUCUAGGAUCGCUUUGGAUUUUGCUUCUUAAUGCCGGUGGACGAAUCAAUAGUGUAAACUUCAAGCCCCUCCAACAACAAGAGAAAAAAAACCCCUAGAAAGGACACGCCGAGCGCCUGUGCGCUGUAAUUUUGAGUUUUCCCACUCCCCCUCCCUCCCUCUCUCUCUCUCAAGCCUGGAAACUGCGUAGCCAGCUGAACGAUUCCUGUCCUGCGCUGCAGCUCUGUUGCUUGUUUUCUUUUCCAUCUGUCUGGAAUUUGGGAUGGUGUGGUGGGCUGUGAUGAUAUAGCAUGAAGCCUGGAGGAUGGGAGCGAAUAAUGGCAAACAGUGCGGCAGUGAGGGCAAAGGCAGCUCAAGCAUCUCAUCCGACAUGAGUUCAAGUACAGAUCACACACCAACCAAAGCCAGAGGGAAUGCAGCUACCAGUGAAGAUUCAGACUUGAGUAUGCGGACAUUGAGCACACCAAGCCCUGCAUUGAUCUGCCCUCAGAAUGUGCAGUCUUUUCAAAAUGGCCAAGGAUCCUCCACAUCAUCUUCCUCAAUUACGGGAGAGACCACUGCUAUGAUCCACUCCCAGCCACUGUUCUUUAUACCCCAGUGUGCCAUCAGGCCAGCGUCCAGACUGCAGAAAGAACAGGCUCCCAUAGACAAGCUACCAGACCAAACCUUGAUCCAGAUGUUUUCACACCUUCCUACCAACCAGCUGUGCCGAUGUGCACGAGUUUGCCGCCGCUGGUACAAUCUGUGUUGGGACUCUCGAUUGUGGAGGACUAUCCGUCUGACAGGUGAAACAAUGAAUGCAGACAGAGCUCUCCGGGUACUGACCCGAAGGUUGUGUCAGGAUACACCUAACGUGUGCCUUAUGUUGGAAACGGUCAUUGUUCAGAGCUGCAGGCGGCUUACAGACAGGGGUCUCUACACCAUUGCUCAGUGCUGUCCUGAACUACGACAGCUAGAAGUGCCAGGUUGUUACAACAUUUCGAAUGAAGCCCUCUACGAUGUUGUUUCACGGUGUCCCAAUCUGGAGUACCUGGAUGUUUCAGGUUGUUCCAAGAUAACCUGCAUUAGUCUGACAAGGGAAGCUUCCAUCAAACUCUCUCCACUUCACGGAAAACAAAUCUCCAUACGCUACCUGAACAUGACAGAUUGCUUUGUACUUGAAGACGAAGGGUUGCAUACAAUUGCAGCUCACUGCACCCAGCUGACCCACCUGUACCUGCGGAGGUGUAUACGUGUCACAGAUGAGGGCCUCCGCUACCUGAUGCUUUAUUGCACAACAAUCAAAGAACUCAGUGUCAGUGACUGCCGUGCGGUGAGCGAUUUUGGGAUGAGAGAGGUGGCAAAAUUGGAAGCAAAUCUGAAGUAUCUCAGCAUUGCUCACUGUGGCCGGAUCACAGACGUGGGUAUCCGUUACAUUGCCAAGUAUUGCAGCAAACUGCGUUAUCUGAACGCUCGGGGUUGUGAAGGAAUAACUGACCAUGGGAUUGAGUACCUUGCCAAAAAUUGCACAAAACUGAAGUCCCUGGAUAUUGGGAAGUGUCCGUUAGUUUCCGAUGCAGGCAUGGAGUUUUUAGCGUUGAACUGUUACAACCUGAAGCGGCUGAGCCUUAAGUCCUGCGAAAGCAUCACUGGCCGCGGUUUAAAGAUUGUCGCCGCUAACUGCUUUGAGCUUCAGAUGUUAAAUGUACAAGACUGUGACAUCUCUGUUGAGGCACUGCGAUUUGUCAAACGCCAUUGCAAACGAUGCAUUAUAGAACACACCAAUCCAUCAUUUUUCUGACAUAAAAUGUUCAAUGAAUGAAAUAGAACAGACCAUCGAUUGUAAAGAUAGAUUUUUAUCUCCUUUUCCUUCUCCUCAAUUCAAAUAUUUAGUUCACUUCCACAAUGUAAAAUUAUUACCCUAUUAUGACAAAGUCAUGGUAAUGAAAAUAUUUUUUUUCCUGUACAAUGUGCACAUUUUUGAAUGCCAGAUCAUUGGAACCAGUAUCCAGAGGCACAAACUAAACACAUUCAAACUUUUUAAGUUGCUGGAAUAAUUUAUCAAUUUCAUAUUAUUACUUAAAACAGCCACUGGGAAUGAAAAUGAAAAAAUUCAGUGCACCACUCGCCUCCUGCUUUUCAAUUUUCUUAAAAUGGAGCACUAUGUUUUACUUGAUAUCCCAUCAUAAUAUUAGAUCCUGAUGGGGAGGGAUGCCAUCACUUUGUUUAUUAUAACAUGAAGAUU